AUGAUCACACCAAGAUUUAAAGUCACCCAGGAUGAUGAAUUUCUACACAUAAAGAUUGGGAUAAGCAAUAUUCGAUUCAAUGCGGCCGGUUUGGAAUUAGUAGUGGAGGAAAACGUAUUCAUAUGCCAUUUAUCACCAUACUAUUUAAGAUUAAGAUUUCCUCAUGCCUUGGUAGAUGAUGAAAGAUGUAAUGCCGCUUUUAAUUCUAAGGAGGAAUGUAUUGAUGUGAAAGUGCCCAAGUUGAAUAAGGGACAGUUUUUCGAUGAUUUAGAUUUCCCUACUAAAUUGUUAGCUAGACAAGGUGACCUAGUGGCUGCAGAUGAGAUUAGUACUAAGACCGUGAAAAAGGGACCAUUAAUACAGGAAAUCGGGGGCACUAGUACUUCUACCGGUUUAAAAGAUUCAAUAGAGGAAAUUAGGGCCGCAGGGAAAGAAUUUAAUUGGGAGAUUGAACAAAAUGUUGUAAAUAAUGACAAUGCUGGCCUACUUGGUAAUAAAUAUGGAUUUAACAAUGGAUAUGAUUCUAUCAUUGGAGUAUCACUAUCUAAUGGUAAUGAUAUUAACGAGUUGGAUAAUCCGGAGAGUACAACUGCGGAAGAUCGAGUUCUCGAAAGAUUAAAGAAGGAAGACCUUCAAUUUGACGAGGGUUACUAUCUUCAUGAAUACAUGGUUUUAAGAACUAACGAUGAAGAAGAGUUGGAAAUCAGUAGAAUUAAAGUGCUACUAGAUUAUACUGUUCCCUUAGUAAAAACAUACCUAAAAUGGUAUAAGAAUACACCUGAUGAAGCCAAAAUAGCAUCCGGUGGUGUGAUGCCUAUUGAAUUUACAGAGAAGGAGCAAGAACAGAUGCACGAUCAUCUACCCAAGAAAGAAUAUUUGGUUGAUAAUAAUGAAAUCAAAGCACUCUAUAUCACCAUAUUGAAUGUUUUAUUUGGAUAUGUUUUUGAACAAAUUGAAAAUGAAGGUAUCCAUAGUACAGAAAGUGCAUGGACAAUUGGGAAGUUAGUACCACAAAUUGCCUUUUUAGAUCAACAAUUAAUAUCGGAGAAAGAUGACAAUAAGCAUAUAUCGAUCAUUAAGGCGUCGUUGUUAUCCGGAAUUAAGAAUUCUUUAAGUUGGACAUUACACAGAAAUUUUGACCUAUCGAUAAAGGCAUGGAAGCAAGUGUAUUACCUUCUAACCGGGGGUAAAAAAUUGGUAGUACGUGCCCUGUUAGACGUUCAUGAAGUGUUCAGAUUUCAUGAUGUUUAUUACGUAUACGAUAAAAUUUUGUUAUCGGAUCUGUGUUCCUGGUUUAUUAAUCAAGGUUCUGAAGUAAUUGUUAAGAGUUUGGCUGUGGAUAUGAAGAGAGAGUUGGAUAACAUUACCAAGGAAGAUGUCACAUUUGUGUCCAUUGUCGAGGGAACAGAAGAGGGACAAAUGACGACAUGGUACACGGAGACGCUGGCGGGAUUGGAAUCCCUAGCAGAGGCGGAUGUAGAGGCAGCAACAGCACAAGCACAAGCACAGGAUACUGCUAACAAUUCCAAUAUAUAG